CAGUGGGGGCCGCGGCGCAGACAGGAAUCCGGCGAUGCCGCGGGCGCGCUGGGCGGCGCUGGAGCAGGCGCUGCAGCAGACCCCGGCGCCGCGGCGCAACAUCGGCGCCCUCGCGCUGCUCCUCGGGGUAUAUUCAUUAGCCCUUGGAUUCUGGUAUCGAUCCACGUUUGUCCACCAGAAAGUGGGAGGAAAGGCACAUGUUUUAUCUGCUUACUGUUUUGUCGAAGUCUUCGCAGAUGCAGUUAUCAUAUUUAUAAUUUGGGCAAAUAAUGAUAAAAUUACCAAAGGCAUCCUACCGAAGACGCUUCUUGUGUACUUUGUGUGUAUGGGAGCGACAUUUUACAGUUUGACACCGAUACUUCGAUUAUACGACACAAAAGUUCCUCUUUGGCAGGGACUCCGCUUUGCUGGCAACUUAAUACAAGUGCUGUUGCUCCGCGGCCUGGUGAAGCAGCUGUGGAGCGAGGAGCCCUCUCCUGCGACGCCGAUUCCGACAGUGGCCAGCGCCUUGGAAGGGGCGCGGCGCGGCUGCCCCUCGCCCGCGCCGGAGCCCCGGCCGUGUGCCCCGGCGCCCGUUCACCGCCCGGCCCCGCCCUCGGGGCGCCCCGAACCGCGACUGAUUCUGAGCGUUGCCGGGUUAAUUGGACAGAAAUGACAAGGCGAAGCGAGGGCCUAUUGAAAAUAUUCAAUAUAAAGUAGAAGCUGAAUUCAGACGGAAUAUUUUUCUAUUUUAGGUAGCAAGGAAUUCAAAUAAAAAUAUUUCAAUCAUUAUUUGAAGUUGUCAAUUGACAGUAAAAGUAAACAUUUUGAGCCGAUAAUACUUUGGUUUCGUAAUCACGUUUCCUCAAGAGUGCAAUAAUUGAAUUCACUACCUAGGUUCAAAUUAGGAGGUUUAACAGGCCAAGAUUCGUGUCUGUUGAGUGUUGUACGUGAGAAUUGUUAUGUUAUAGAAACUUGUUAAUAUAUUUCACAUAAUUAUGUACAACAAAUAACAGAACGAUGUAAUAAGACAUAACAUAAAGCGAAAACGUCAAAGAUUAAGCCAUUCAAACAAGUUUCCCUUAGCAAAAAUAUUUUUUAAAGUAAUAAAUAUGUACGUAUACUACAUAAAAACCAUACCAUUUCAGUUGUUUGAUAGAAUGCAAAUGUGUGUUUGUAUGAAGCCACCAUUCCUCGUUUUAUUUCAAGCACUCAUUGCGCUUCAUUUCCAUCUCCAGCUUGCACGCGUCCAUCCUUUCUGAGUUGACAGGGAAGGGAGAGCGAAUUUGGGAGCGUUCGCCCGUGCUCGCAAGAGCGCCUGGCUUCCCGGGCGAGCGAGCUCGUGCGGGCGCAAUUUAACACGCCUGACGGGUACCAAUGUUCAAGCAAGCCCUACGCAAUUGAAACCUGUUCUCGCAUCCUGCGGAUUCAAAACAAUUGCCCGGAUCCACGUCACGCAUAAUGCUACGAGGCGUAACGGAUACGUGAACUUCACACAUGUGCACAACAUUGUGAUGGGUGCCCACCCCACAGCGGGUCGUCACCUUCCCUCAGAGCACACGAAGGUGGCACCGCGUCAAAAAAAUUGUAAUCACAUUAUGUUGUUUUUAUAAACUGACAUUGCAGUUACUAUACUUAUGUUGUUUUACCAUGCUUAUAUUAUGAAAACUUCAAUCAUUUACAAUAAAUAAAUACACUAAUUUUU